GAUGUAGAGGGCGCUACUAUUCCAUGUCCUAACCUAUAAAAACAUAAAAAGAUGAUUAUAGGUUAUGUUCACUACUUUAAAAGUGUUUCUUUAAGCGAAAAUAACAUUUUUCUUUAAAUUAGAAUGGCUGCUGUUAUAAGAAUAAAACGUCGAUUAGACGAAGAACCUCUUGACGCUUUAAUUUUAAACUGUAAAAAGCGUAAAACCGAUGAUAAUCAAGAAGAACCUAUCGCAACCGUUUUAAAGUUAACGGCAACUUUAAACGACCCUGAUGAAAACGUUUUUGAGCAUGUAAAAAAAUCUACGAAAACCACCAUCGAAGAACAAUUUAAAAAACCUAAUAUCAAUGUACAUGAUAAAUUACGUGAUGAAUGCCAACUUGCUUUUAAAAAGAACCGAUACAAAGUCGUAAAUUUACGUAGAUUUGAUAAUAAUGAAACGUCCGAAGAGAAUGAGGAUUUAACUUUAGUUGAUGUUGAAACGGACUACAAAGAAACCCCUCAAACAUCAGAUAAAAAGGAACCAGGAUAUGUUUACGAUUUAUAUUAUACAAACACAAAAGGUUUUUCAGAUAUUGAUGUUGAAAAUAUGGUUGUACUUCCUUGGACUGAUCAACUUAUUUAUGGUUCAGCUAGAGAUAAUGGGCUUGAAGUGGAAGAACCAGAAACCGACGAUUCUGAUUCAAACGCUGAAAAUAACUGGCGUAAUGAUUAUCCUGAUGAAAUCGAUGACAUCACAGAAGAAGAUAUUUUAACGGCUGUUCGCGAAAUGGAUAUAAAUGGAGAUAGAGAAUUAUCAAGUGAUGAUGAAGAGGAAGGAUAUAUUUAUGGUAUUGAUAAUGAUGCCGCCGGUUUUGAAGAAGACAUCGAUCCUACCGAUGUUCGACGAUAUGGCGAAAUGUACGCUAGGUUUAAAGCUAGGGUUAAGAAAAGUGAGGAAUUAGCUGGCGAUGAAAACGCGUGGAAUUAUGAAGAUUUCGAGGAUUAAUUUUUUGGUUUUUUUAAGAAUAAAUAAAUAAAAUGAUACUAAAAAGUAAGUUUAAU